UCAUAUUUGAUAUAAAUUCCAGAUAUUGAAGCAUAUACAUGUAUUUAGCAUAUUGUAUAACAGAAUGUUCAGUAACAAAAGCAAAUUAAACGAGCUGUAAUGAUAGAUACAAGGCCAGAAGAAAGUGACGCUUUCUCAAUAAACAGUGAUAACAACUGUUCAAAUAUGUCAGUAGACAAGAACGACAAAUUAGAUUUCAGAAAUCCAACGUUAGUAGAAGAUGUUAAGGACGGAAAACAGAAGAAGUCACCUUCUAGAAAUCUAUUCUCAGAGAGACGGACAUUUGUUCAGAAUCUGUGUGAUGUAUCGGUGUUGGCUGCCAAUGCCUCCCAGCUACGUGCCGUUAUAGAAGGGGGCUCACAAAACACUUACUACUGGCCCUUAAUCAUCAUGAUUUGUCUGUCCAUCCUGUCACACAUCGUCUUUGGUUUUUUACUGAUUCAAAGAUGGAGAAAGGAAAGGGAGGCGGAGCUGGAACAUAAAAAGAAAUCGGAUUUGGAAGGAAAAUCAAAUUCUGACACAAAUGUCCAAGCUGUUACAGCAAAAGGUAUUAUUUGUCCCUGUUCGCCAUGCCAGAGUGUAGAAAGGUGCGACGAGAUCAGCAUGAAUAUCAUGUUUCUGAUCGUCGUAUUAAAUGUUGCGGUGGCUGGACUUGGAUUAACACCAUCUUAAUUAAAGCUACAAGUACAGAUAUGUUACUGAGAUAUUAUAUUCGUUUUAUUGAAUAAAAAUGAGAGCAUCUGG